CGCGCUGCACAUCAGCAAGAGCCGGACUGCCGAAGUACGCACCAGCUAAUAUCGAUAUAGUCGCAGUAGCUUACACAGCCGGCACGGACUCGGUCUAGUUCCAGUUCCAGUGACCGAGGGAGAUGUCGAAGGUCGAGCCUCUGCCCCUGCCCGGCGUCCCUGUCACUCUCGCAGUGGCUGCACACACCGUAGUUGAUAUAGAGCCCACUGAUAAGGACAUUGAUAAUACGUACAAGCUCAUAGGUCCUCCAUCUACAGAAAUGGUUAAGUACGCAGAAGUGAUUGAUCGGGCCAGAAAUGCUUUUAACAGUGGCAAAACAAAACCAUAUGCAUUUCGUAAAAAACAACUGGAACAAAUGAUGAAAAUGUAUGAAGACAAUGGACCUGAAAUUGUUGCAGCAUUAUCUGCUGACCUGCACAAGAGCAAGAUGGAGUCUUACAUAAUGGAAAUUGAUUUGUUGAAGAAUGAUUUGAGGAACACGCUCAUAAACUUGAAGGACUGGAUGUCACCUGAAUCUCCCUCCAAGUCAUUUGCCAACCUGUUUGAUGGGCUGAAGAUUCUGAAGGAGCCAUAUGGAGUCGUGCUUGUGUUAGGAGCCUGGAACUAUCCAGUCCAGCUGACUCUGCUGCCAGUAGCUGGAGCUAUAGCUGCUGGUAAUUGUGUAGUCAUCAAGCCUUCAGAGGUUGCACCUGCAUCUGCAAAACUUAUGGCUGAUCUCAUCCCUAAGUAUCUUGAUUCAGAGUGCUACCAUGUAGUCUUGGGUGGUGUAGCUGAGGCCACUGAACUACUCAAGCACAAGUUUGACUACAUUUUCUACACUGGCUCAACUACAGUAGGCAAGAUCGUGAGGGCUGCAGCCAACGAGCAUCUGACACCUGUCACUCUAGAGUUGGGUGGCAAGAGCCCAGUAUACAUAGAUGGAACGGCCAACAUGAAGAUAGCUGCCAAACGUAUCUUGUGGGGCAAAUGUGUGAAUGCUGGCCAAACCUGUAUUGCUCCUGACUACAUCCUGUGCUCCCAGCAGGUCCAGAAACAGUUUCUGAAGGAGGCAGAGAGUAUCCUAAAGGAGUGGUAUGGGGAUAAGCCACAGGAUUCUCCGGACUUCUGCCGCAUCGUGUCUGAUAGGCACUUCAAGAGGCUGUCAGACAUAAUGGACAACAGUGGAAAGAUUGCGCUUGGUGGAGAACGCAAUGCCUCAGACCGUUUCAUCGCACCCACAAUACUAACUGACGUCAAGAGUACAGAUCUUGCCAUGCAAGAUGAGAUCUUUGGACCGAUACUCCCCAUUGUUAAUGUAGAUAACGCUUACGAGGCUAUUAGCUUCAUCAACAGCAGAAGUAGACCACUGACCAUGUACCUGUUUACGUCGGACAAACGAGUGCAGGAUGUGAUGGUGGAGCAAACACUCAGUGGUUCUGUCAGCAUCAAUGAAGUCGUCAUGCACUACGCUGUUGAAAGUCUGCCAUUCGGAGGGGUGGGCCACAGUGGGAUGGGCUGCUACCAUGGCAAGUACAGCUUCGACACAUUCACCCACCAGCGCAGUGCUCUCAUCAAAAACUUCAAUCCACUCCUGGAGUCUCUUGCCUCGAGCCGAUAUCCACCCUAUUCGGACCAGAAGAUCAGCUUCAUACAGAUGAUGAUGAAGAGGAGAAGAGGUAUCAGUGUUCCGUAUGGUCCUCAGCUGCUGUCCUUCCUCUUAGGUGUUGCUGCCACAUGGGCCUUCCUCCACAUCAGGAUGAAUGGUGCAGGUGAGGAGUGAUGAUCUGAACACCAUUCAUCAUCUCUCCAGGCUUGGACCAAAGUUACCGUCAGUGCCUUAUGACUCUUGUGUUGUAAAUUCACAUUCCUUUAGUCAUAACUGUCACAUUCCGAUACUUUCAUUAUGUGAACGUUCCUCAGAACGUUCUUUGUUGUAAAUAAAUUAACAUAAUUACUUAAUGUUAUGUUUUGUAUUCACUUAGUAAAUGUCAAAACGUAUCAAUUUUUAUUGGAUGAACAAAUUUAUAACACCGUUGUAAGCAUUAUAUGUAGAUUUUUAAGGUUUCUCAAUCCAUCAAGAUUAGGUCUUUUUGUUUUAAUUGACAUAAAUGUACUUCUAAAUUCAAAUCAAAUAUAUAUGAUCUAGGGAUUUCCUCAAGCUUUUGUUACAUAAUAUUAAGUACUUUUACUUUAUAUGACUUGAAUUUUAAUAAUAAUAAGGAUAUAUGUUAAAAAAAUCUUCAGUAACAGGUUUAUAAUCUAGCUGUGAUUUUUUAGGUAGCAAUAAAUUAAUGGCACGGACCUUAAUAUCCGAUGCGAUCAGUCUCGAAAGGUAUAAUGCCAAUGCUCACUGCAAUAAAGUGGUCUGAUAAUUGUUAUUCUGUUAAUGUUAUUGUAUUGUUAAAUAUUUUGUUAUUCAAUUUUUAUUUAGAAUUUUAGUAUAGUGAAACAGUAAUUGUUUAGUUGUAAAAACUAAAAAGUCUCAUUUAUACUUCUAUGUGAAUUAGUGUUAUUGUCUGCUAUAAAAUAAUUUGUAUUAGUA